CCGGGAGAUCUAACUAUCUAUGUAUAACCCAAUAUCAAGAAGAUCUAUUAGUUAUGUAGGAAGAGUACGUGAUUUCUGGAGCAAAGAGGCGUCUUACUACCCGCUUACCGUCAUGAGUAUAGUAUAGUGUGGUGGUGGGGGUUCUACCCCAGUCAAACAUCCAUUGGCUGUACUUGGCCCUGUUAACAGCCCUGUUAGCAGCCCUGUUAGCAGCACUGUACCGGUACUUGGCUCUACCUUAAGCCAACUUCCAGAGCAGCCAAGACAAGCACUGUGGCGGUAUGUGUGUGUGGUAUAUGUGUGUAAUGUAUGUACAUGUACCUACAAGCUUCCCCUCUUCGCCUCCCCCCCGGCAGAUAAGAGCCGCUGCACCCGCUGCUGGUCGAACAUCUUUUUCCAUCCAGGCUCCUGUUCCCAGGCAUAUUACCACCGUAUAAGUGCCGUUUGGAGGAUAUCAUUGACCUGUAUCAGUUUCUCAUCAAGAGGUGAAGAGAAAAUUGAAACGAACAAGAGAGACACUGAGAACGAAAUGAGUAGCCACUCCAGCGACCGCCCCAGCGACCGUCCAGAUCAUCCUCCCGUUUGGGUUCGUGGUGGGCCUCCAUAUUAUUAUACACCUACAAGACCAAAUAUCGUCUCGUCCCCUAGUGAAAAUCUGCGCCGGGCCUCCACAACCUCCUCCAUUUCUUCCUCCCGCGAGAGCACAUCGGGAGGAACCCUCUCUCCACCCCCAAGCCCCACAGCCUCCGCUUCCCAGCCCUCCGGGAUCUCGCACCACUUCACCUUCCCCUCCUUCAGCACUAGCCCACUCUCACAGCAGACAUUCCCACCCCAGCGCCCGCCCUAUAUGGCCCAUCAGCCGCCCGUUCACAGCACCCCUGCCACCGCGGGACUGGGCUCCGGCUCCGGCUCCGGCUCCGGCUCCAGUGCGGAAGCCGAAGCCGAAAACCCCCAACGCCCUAGCUCGUUCCGAAGAAGUAACUCCAUCAGCGGGACGAACCUCUUCUCCAACCUCGCGUCGCAGAAGCGGAAUACGGCGGAUACCAGCUUUGCAUUGCGCAGGGAGCAGUGGCAUGAACAGAAUGUCGGUGCAGGGCCGGACAGGAAGAGGUUCUUUGCGAGUUGGUGGGAUAACUAUGUGAGAGGUAUCUCAAAUCAAAAGCGAUAGGUUUUUGAUUCGUGAUUAUGCAUCGUGCAUGUUUCUGGGGAAGAGAAGUGAAACAGCAAAUGCAGCCAUGAGAACAGUAGUGAAGGAGAGUAAGGCAAGUAACAGCCAGUGAAGACAGCAGAAAAUAUGAAAAAAAAAAGCGUUGUUUGGGGGCGUAUAUGAGUGAAUGAAUUGUGGCCGAGUUUUCUUAUUUUCAUUUCUUUCCUUUCCCCCUUUUUGAUGAUCUCUUUGGAAAAUUUCUACAACUUCCGACAAACUCCUACUGUCAGACACGUUGCUGCGCGGAAAUGUUCAUUUAUCCGCAACGGGGUUUUAAAAUCCGAACCUUUUGAAGAUUGUUUGAAGUAGAAAAAGGAGAGAGAUUAGCAUGUAGGGAGCAAUGAAUGUUGGCUGAAACCAGGUUGCCAGGCGAUGCAGUUAGGUCGAUGAGGUGUGCCAGACUGAUCUGUGGAUAUAUUAUGAUACGGGAGGGAAUACGCAAUUAUUUUCCCUGUUUCUUCUUUGGUGGUUUGCGGACUGGCAAUGUCUGUAUGUCUGUAUGUAUUUAAUUCAAUAUGAACCCUUUUGAACGAGA